CACCGUGUUUUUUUACGUUUUAAAGUUUACGGUCCACACGCGUCAAGAAUCAAGAAUAUAAAUAAGUAUAGAUUAAGUAGAUUAUAGAAGUGUUAGUUUACCCGCUGUGGCUGAUAUGGUGAUUGGUGAUGGACAUGGCCACAAGCCACAAAAAGUAAAAACUCAUUGAAUCUGAAGAAAAUGUGUCUACUACAGGGAUCACUGAAAAGUGUCGGAAAUAUACAAAACGGCCUUUAUUAAUGAACACGAACGAACACAUAGACAUUAGUCUUAAAUUAACUACCAAGAAAAAUUAUUAUUUAAAUUUACUAAUUUCGUUUGGUUCAAUUAAUGGUCAGUGGUCACUACUUACCUAUAGUUAUGAGCUACAAAUAAUGUGCUAACCUGUUACUUAUCGUGCAGUUAACUCUAAAGCUUCCAUAUUCGGGUACUUACAUGACAAACGUCAAAUUCAUUCCCCGAUUUAAUUUUUCGCAAACAAAGUUUACUAACCAUCAUAAGACAGAGACACCAAGUUGCUAAGUACACUCUGCUAAGGAGCGGAGGAGAAAGGACAGCUCCCAGAUGCCGAAAGUAAACACUAUUAAAUCGCCCAAGUCUGGCGGAAUCUUGACAAGAUCCCGAGCAGCGAAAUUCGUUGAGAGCCACCAGGCCCCAUCCAAAAAGACCAAAAUAACAAAAUCUGAAACACUCAAACCGGAAUCAAAGAACAAGAUUAAGAAAGAUGAAGCAAAGAAAAAAGGUAAAGAAAAUGCCGGUGAUAAAACGAAUAAAAAUAAGGAAAAAAAAGAAAAUGAAGACAAAAACAUACGACUAGAGAAGAACCCACCUAAGGAUGGAAAUGGUAGAAAAAAAAAUGCAGCCACACCGAAGCCCAUCAAGAGGAGGAGAAUCAUUCUUCCAGAUGAAGAUAGCGAUGCUGAAGUUGAUUCUGGAGAUGAGUACAAGCCUGAUAGUGAUGUGUCCCAGGAAUCAGAUGAAGGGUCAUUGUCUGAAGCUGUGAGUGACAGCGAACCAGCUAGCGAAAAAGACUCUGAUGAUGAGACUCCCAAGAAAAAGAGAAAAGUCAAUAAUGGCACUGCCGCUAAAAGCUCUGCAAAAAAAUCCAUAAAAAGUGACAUUCCACUACGUGGCAUUGAACUAACAGCUCCAAAAGCUUCGAAUACCCAAUCCUGGCCACACUUGAAGUACGAAUUCUUGCAGCCAGAUAAAAUUAAGGACGCGAAGAUGCGUUCGCCUGAACACCCUGAUUAUGAUCCAAGGACUCUUUAUGUUCCCCAAGACUUUUUGGAUACACAAACUCCUGCUAUGCGGCAAUGGUGGGUUUUGAAAUCUAGUCAUUAUGAUUGUGUAUUAUUGUUCCAACUUGCAAAAUGGUAUUUAUUGUAUCAUAUGGAUGCUGUAAUAGGAGUCAAUGAAAUGAAUUUAUCUUUUAUGAGGGGAGAGCUUCGAGGACAGUUUGCUCUCUCAGGUUUUCCAGAAAGCGCGUAUGGACGUUGCUCAGCAGGUCUUAUUGAAAGAGGCUACAAGGUAGCAAGGAUCGAACAGACGGAAACUCCAGAAAUGGCAGCUAAACGAUGCGCUCGAAUGAAAAAAUCAACUAAAUUUGAUAAAGUCGUUAACCGUGAGAUCUGCCAGAUCAGCACAAGAGGAACGAAAAUCUACACGGCUCAAGACACUGAGGCAGCAGCACCCACGUCAAGUUAUUUGCUGUCUAUUGUCGAAAAACAAACUACUGGCUUGCCUUCUUAUGGAGUUUGUUUCAUCGACACCUCCAUUGGUGAAUUUCAUCUCGGUCAAUUUCAAGAUGAUCGAUGCAACUCGCAAGAUGAUCGAUGCAACUCGAGACUAUUAACUUUAAUUGCUCACCAUCCACCUGCUCACAUUGUUUAUGAGCGAGGCAACUUAUCGCCUACUACACUGAAAAUAAUAAACAACUAUUUGCCCAACGUAAUGAAAGAAGCGCUGCAAAAGGAAGUGCAAUUCUGGACAUCAACGAAAGUCUUGAAGACCCUUUACGAGAAUAAUUAUUUCAAAAAAGAAGGAGAUGAGUCCGAAUUCACGUGGCCAACAAGCUUACAACCUUUCUUGAACAAAGCUGACAGCUCACAACUUAUGGCAUCAGAAGAUAAGGAGCUUGCAAUUAAUGCUUUGGGUGGCUGUGUGUAUUUGCUCAAAGAAUAUAUGUUAGACCAACAGUUACUUUCCUUAGGUCGGUUUAAAAUCUACAGCCCACCAGAUUUUACGAGUAUCAAGAAGGGAAGAAAGAAAAAGACUCAGUUUGCUCAUAACAUGGUCUUGGAUGCUAUUACAAUUAAUAAUUUGCGAAUCCUUGGAAGUGACGGAUCUCUAAUUGAAGUUCUGGAUAAAUGCUGCACAGCUUUUGGAAAGAGAUUAAUACGGGAAUGGAUAUGCAGGCCAUCUUGUCGUAAGAGUGUCAUUAUCGAACGACAAGAAGCUAUAACUCAGCUGUUGGAUAAUCCAGACAUUGUCGCAGAAGUCCGGAGUAAAUUAAGCACCUUGCCAGAUAUAGAUCGAUUAUUGAGCAAAAUUCACGCUCAUGGAAAUGCAGCCAAAUUACAGAAUCAUCCCGAUAGUCGUGCUAUAUUAUUUGAUGCUAAUCUUUACUCAAAGAGAAAAAUAAAUGAUUUUAUAACGGUACUAAACAGUUUUGAAGAAAUCUUAGCUAUAAUCAAAAAAUUUUCAGUAUUCGAUAAUCCAUUAAUCAGCAAGUGUACCAGGCUAGAACCUGAAGGUGACUUCCCUGAUCUAAAUGAAACUGUGAAUCACUUUAAAAACGCUUUCAACCACGAACAAGCCAAAAAAGAGGGCUUCAUAAUUCCUAAACGCGGAGUCGAUCGAGAAUACGAUGCUGUAUUGCUGGAACUAGCUGAGAUAAAAAAGGAAUCUGAAGCUUACUUGGAUAAGCAGAAGAAACAUUUUGGUGUCCAAAUUAAAUACUGUGGAGGCGACAAAAAACGAUUCCAAAUAGAAGUUCCAGAAAGCCAGAUAAAAAAAGUUGGGAAUGGCUAUGAACUGCAGGGUUCGAGAAAAGGAUUUAAAAGGUACUACACGGCAGAAUCUAGAGAGUUUCUUGCCAGACAAAUAGCUGCUGAAGAACAAAAGGAAAAAGUCUUAAAAGAUAGCAAUCGAAAGAUUUUCGCCAAGUUCAGUGAAGAAUAUGAGCAGUGGAGCAAUGCUGCUUACAACAUUGCUGUUCUUGACUGUUUGAUCUCGUUGAGCGAAUAUGCCCGAACCUGCGAUGUUUGCAUUCCAACCGUUUACGAUGACACGGAUGGUAAUGAGAUAAUGAUUGAAAUAAGAGAUGGAAAACACCCGUGUAUACCGUCCGACAACUUCAUCCCUAACGAUACUUGUAUAGCUACCGAAGAAACUGCUCCAUUAAUACUCUUAACAGGUCCUAACAUGGGUGGUAAAUCUACGCUUAUGCGGCAAGUUGGACUCAUCACAGUGAUGGCACAAAUUGGAUGCCACGUGCCUGCAAGCGCUUGUCAAUUAACACUCGUCGAUCGCAUAUUUACCCGUCUUGGAGCAAACGACGAUAUUAUGGCUGGUCAAAGUACAUUCCUGGUUGAGUUGAGUGAAACUGCAGCUAUACUACAACAUGCAACAACUCACUCGCUCGUUCUUUUGGAUGAAUUGGGCAGAGGCACAUCCACUUACGAUGGAACGGCUAUCGCGGCUUCAGUGGUCGAUGCUCUUACAAAGAAAAAGUGCAGGACACUUUUCUCAACUCACUAUCAUUCUCUUGUUGAGGACUUCAAAGACAAUACCAACGUUUCUUCCGCUCACAUGGCUUGCAUGGUAGAAAAUGAGGACGAAGGUGAAGUUACGGAACAAAACGUGACUUUCUUAUACAAGCUGAGCCAGGGUGCUUGCCCCAAAUCCUAUGGCUUCAACGCUGCUAGACUGGCUGGCAUACCUGCACACAUAACUAAGCGAGCCCAGGAAAUAGCAACUAAACUAGAAAACGAAGUAAAUCUUCGACACGCCUUUACUACUCUUUGUAAAAUCAACGACGGCUUAUCCAUGAAAAGCGUACUUAAGAGUUUAACGACUCUUUAA